GUCAUGGCGGUGGUGGUGCGCUCGGUGGGGCUGCUGCGCGCGGCGGGCGCGUGGCCGGCCCCGGCCGGCGCUGUCAGGAGACGCCUCCUGGGGGCCCCCGCGCGGCCAGGUGAGGACUCGGGAAGAACCACCCGGCUUUCUGCCCCUGCGGCUUCAAGGGGCGUCCUGGGGAGGGUGGCCUGGAGGCUAAGCAGGUGUGGCAGUUCUGCAGCAGAAGCACCUGCUACAAAAGCAGAGGAAGACUCCUUUCUCCAGUGGCUCCUCCUCCUCAUUCCUGUGACAGCCUUUGGCCUGGGAACGUGGCAGGUCCAACGUCGGAAAUGGAAACUGAGGCUGAUUGCAGAAUUGGAGUCUAGAGUCAUGGCCGAGCCCAUACCUCUGCCGGCAGACUCAGCGGAACUGAAAGAUCUGGAGUAUAGGCCAGUGAAGGUCAGGGGGCACUUUGAUCACUCCAAGGAGCUGUACAUGAUGCCGCGGACCAUGGUGGACCCUGCCCGGGAGGCCGGCCAGAUCUCCUCCUUGGCUGAGAGCGGUGCUUAUGUGGUCACCCCCUUCCACUGCUCAGACCUAGGAGUCACCAUCCUGGUAAAUAGAGGAUUUGUCCCCAAGAAGAAAGUGAAUCCAGACACACGGAAGAAGGGCCAGAUUGAGGAAGAAGUGGACCUAGUUGGGAUGGUGAGGCUGACAGAAACCAGAAAGCCCUUUGUCCCUGAGAAUAAUCCAGAAAGGAACCACUGGCAUUACCGGGACCUGGAGGCCAUGGCCAGGGUCACAGGCGCUGACCCCAUUUUCCUUGAUGCCGACUUCCGAAGUACAGUUCCCGGAGGACCCGUUGGGGGUCAAACACGAGUCACUCUGAGGAACGAACACACGCAGUACAUUAUCACCUGGUAUGGAUUGUGUGCAGCCACAUCAUACCUGUGGUUUAAGAAAUUCAUACGUCGGGCCCCUGGCAUGUGACGCAUCAGCUGGUGGCCUGUCCCAGAAUUAAUCAGGACACAUUACCUUCAGGGGACUUUUACACUGAUCACACACUGCUGGUAUAAUAAAACUCCUUGGUUCAGA